AAUAUUCAUCCUGAUGUGAAAUUGAAAGGCCUCCAUCAAAUUCUGACACUCCUGCUUCAUGUACUGAUUUCUACUUUGUUUCUUUUGUCUUGGCUACACACUUUGCUCCAUCAGGUUGCCUGUGUUGCUGGUGGGGGGAAUCUGGCCUCCAUCCACACCAAAGACCACCACGACUUUGUGAAAGGUUUGAUUCAAACCUCAGCUGGCCCAAAUAAACAAACUUGGGUUGGAGGCACUGAUGCAGUCAAGGAGGGUGUGUGGCUGUGGAGUGAUGGUUCCAAAUUUGAUUUCACGUUCUGGGGACCAAGGCAGCCUGACAAUGCCGGUAGAAGUGAAGAUUGUAUGGCGCUGGUCAAUAAGGGUUUUGCCAAUGACAUGCCCUGGACCCAGAAAAAAUUAUGUUUGUGGCAGAGUCCUGUGGGGACGUCGCACACCUGCUAGUGAUGGCGGUUUCUUUUCAAUUUAAUAAACACUAUUUUGAGCAGCAA